UCCUUCCCCACCACACUCACUCACAAUGGCUUCCGGUUUCGGUAACAACGGCGGUCCUUCCCGCUGCUACAACUUCUGGCAGGAGGUUCUCGGUUGCUACGUCGUUAACGGCGGAGAGGGUGAAGCUGGCAAGAAGAAGUGUGUGCCCGCUCUGGAGGAUUACUACGAGUGCCUGCACCACAAGAAGGAGGUACGCCUAUUUGUCUAGCUUCAUGCGAUCAAGUUCAUACUCAAGUAUGCGGAUCUUGCUAACAUUGUCAUUUCGACGCUUAGGCUCUCCGCACGAUGAAGAUGCAGGCCGCCUACCGCAAGGCUGAGGCCGCAACCCCCCGUGAAAACGCGCCCAAGGCGGAACAGAUUCGCAGUCUGGGACUGCUAGGGAAAG